ACAAAUGACGGAGCGAAUUCCUGCUACCAGAAAUUUCCGCGAUCAGGCUCCCGAAACCAGUUUCUUUAUAUUAUCAGGAGAAUAGACGUCACUGUUUCUGGUACUACUGGGGAAAUCAUCUUCGGCGACGGUCUAGUGAACAAGAGCGGUCGUUCUCGGAGAAGAGUGAUAACUCCCUUUGGUCGGACAGCAUUUCCUGUUCUAAGGGCAGAUUACGAAAUAAAGAGCCGUUGGCUUCCUUCCCUAAUCAGUUGUGCUACAGAAGCAACCAGAAGGGUCAAUACUUCUCGAAUAAGCAAUUGCAAACUCGAGUAACGAAUUCCGUGCCAAGCACCUUUUUUUUGCCACAAGUGCCAAGGUCAGUGUCCAAGUUGGCUCUUUGUUCGCGACAUACUCGUCUUCUUCCUCCGCUAUUGCAUUGAUUCAGAAGAUGUUUGUCUCGUUGAAUGUUUAUUUAAAAGUCUCUUGACUGAUUCAGACCCAAGUGACAGAAUGUUGAACUGUUUCUGACAUUGCUCGCCUCAACUCGUCUCGCAUCGAAAUCAAUUCCGUGGAUUGGAUCUACCCUAACAUGGGUCAAGAUGAGCUCGUCCUUAAGAUCCCUUCGGAGGACAGUGUCGAUUCGUCGUCGGAUCCAAGCCCGAAACCCCCGUCCCCCACCAAACUGAUUGGAGGCUCGUCUUUGGUCUCGGGGAACAUGUCGGCCCGGAUCUCGUCGAGUAGCAAGAGCAACAAAUCUCACUCUCGGGAGUCCAGUGGGGCUAGCGUGAAAUUCGUGAACUCGCCCCCGCAUCAUAUGCACCACCCUCAUCACCUCAAUCAUCAUCGGCGAAACGCCAGUAAGGGCAGCACCGAGUCCCAUGUAGUCAUACUGACCCCUUCCGAAGAUCUCACCGUGUCGGAUCGGCUCUCUCCUGAGGACGACGAUGAUGAACAGAGUGACUUGUCAGAGGACGACCGCCUCCUACCUCCGUCCAUUGAACAGGACGAGAUCCACGGGGAGGACCUCGGCCCUAAUGUGAAUCUGAGAAUGCUACCCGCUGAUGAUGCCAAAACCCAUGGUGGCAGUUAUGGAUCUUUUACUGAUCUCAACGAGCACGAUCCUGAGAGCGAGGUCAAUCCGAAUCCUCGAGGGUCCUCUUUACCUCGAGGCGCAACCCAAAGUCAGAGUGGUGGGAAAGCCAAGGGUAAAGUGCCCGCAGAGAAACAUUCCAAUCCCCACCCGGCCAACGCGAACGAUGGUCGGCCUCGCCAACGCGGCACGGGUGAUACGAAUUCCCGCGAAAGAAGCUCUGUGAUAUCAAGCAGUGGUGCUUACUUUCAACAAACAGGAGCCAGCAGUGUGCACGAUAGUUGCUCAUCCGACGAUGAAGCUGGCCGAACCAACGCCAAUGGAUACGUGCGGAGGAAAUCUCGUCAUCCCAAGAACUCCUCCGUGCGUAUUGAGGUGGACGGGCCAGUCCCGGCUUCUGAGAGCGCUAAUCAUACCACAGUAGAGCUGGAGGAGAUCCCCUGCGAACCUUUAAAGACUUUAUUCUCCUUCGUGUUCUUGUUUUUGGCCUGGUUGGCCACCACCACUAGUUUAGCUCUGACUCAUGAACGGGUGCCCGACAUUGCACCCUUGCCAGAUAUCUUCCUUGAUAAUGUCCAGUACCAGCCGUGGGGUUUGGACGCUUCCGAGAUCGUGAUCAUGAUCGCUACCAUGUCAGCAUUUGCCUUGGCCCUCUUUCACCAGCAUCGGUUCAUUGUGUUCCGGCGAAUCUUCUUCUUGGCCGGGAUCCACUAUUUUUAUCGGUCUGUGACCUUUUAUGUGACCGUAUUACCCAAAGCGGAUCCCACUUACACGUGUGCCCCCAAGUCUGAACAUCUUACGUUCAUGGUGAUUGCGCAGAGAGUCCUCAAACUGUUGGGAGGCAUGGGACUGUCCAUCAAUGGACGCCAUGUCUACUGUGGGGAUUACAUCUACUCGGGCCACACUAUGACGCUACUAAUGACCUAUUUGGUGAUUCAAGAAUAUUCUCCCCGUCGUUGGUUCAUUCUUCGUUGGAUAUCGCUGGCCACCACCGUGGGUGGAGUGAUCACAUUGCUCUUCGCUCGCGGACAUUACUCAGUGGACGUGAUCAUUGCGUACUGGAUCACCACGAGAUUGUGGUGGAUCUACCACACCAUGGCCGACAACCAACAUGUGGUGCACGCCGAUAAUACCACCAAUCGACUCACCAAAUUCUGGUGGUGGUAUGUGUUCGUCUACCUAGAAGGCAAUGUGCGUCAACCCCUACCCAAAGGCUACAGUUGGCCUUUGCCCAAGCAAGUUCAACACGUGCCCGCUCUCAUCUGGACCAAGAUCCGAGGGGGUGGCGAGGAUUCGAACACGGGCGCCGAAGACGGCAACGAUGCCUACCCCGACAAUGACCCUGAAGCGGGUCGUCCGUCUUUGGGUCAUGCUGUGAGCGCUGAAGGUCGACGAGGUCGGGGAGGAGAAGGAGGAGGGGCAGGGGGUCCUGGGUCGAGCUCGACUUCCGCCGCCUCGCUUCGAUGACCCUGGGAGAGCUUCACUUGGUUACGUGUAUAAUUCAUUCUGAUUGCUAGAAUCCACCUCUUUGGCUUACCACUUUUGAGCUGAAUGUGUCUGGAUUGAUUUCGAAUACCGUUUUGUCCCCCUAGCGGCUAGAUUUAGAAACUACUGGCCUCGGCGUGGAUCGAUCCGGUUAUGACGCGAUACUAGAAAUGGUGUAUUCCUCAAAGUGCCGUAAUAAUUUUUAAUAGAUUUUCCCAGGAGACCGUGUAUUUUGACCCAACCCCCUGAAUAAGAAGCGACGUUGCCUUAUUACUACUACUACUACUACUAUUACUGAUGCCCCUAAUCUACUCCUGUCUCUUUAAACAUAUUAUAUGAUUGUCUUUGGAUCUCCCUCUAUAUUCCACAACUUAUCGUUAUUUUUACUGUAAGUUCCAAAGAAACCGUCUAUCACAUACAUACAUACAAACAUACAAGCAUUAUUCUCCCCAAGUAUGAACAUCGACCUUUACCACGCCAAAUAAAUCUAUGACAACUACA